CGAAUUUGGCGCUCUCAACAAGAAAGAGGAAAGAAGAGGAAAGAGGACACGCAGCAGCCAACCACAACAGCGGCCAGCCAGUGCAACGAUGAACGGCAACGGGAGGGAGGAAGCUGAUGCUGCUGGGGAGAAUCACCAGGACGAGGCGGAUGCCAUGGCGAUCCUGUUUGAGGAUGAGCAAGAAGCAGAUGUUAGUCCAGUUGGCGUGAGAACACGCAGCAGGACACGGAGAAAGCAGGACCAGGCCGAGGGGAUUGUGCAAGUGGAGGAAGACGAGGAGGAGGAGGAGGAGGGCGAGGGCGACGAAGUAGUGGAUGAUGGCGAUGAGGUGGUCGUGACAGAGACGACCGAUCCCGAUGGCAUGCACCACAUUGAUGUGAAGGUGCACAAGCACGCCACAGCCACGAAUCGGGACUCUGUCAUCAUCGAAUGCGAUAUCCCAGAGGUGUGCAAGCAAAAGCCAUGUAUUCUGGGCGUGGACGAAGCCGGCCGCGGACCAGUUUGCGGUCCCAUGGUGUAUGGUGUCGCAUUUGCGCCAAAGCCAAUGGAGAAGACGCUGAAGAACAUGGGCUUUACCGACUCCAAAGUCGUCAAGGAAGAGGAACGCGAGCGCUUGUUCACAGAGAUGAAGUCUGGUUCACUGCACGGCAAGAUGGGGUGGAAGGUGCACAGCCUGUCCCCAAACACCAUCUCCACAGGGAUGCUGGCCAGGCAGAAGUACUCGCUCAACGAACUGUCCCACGACACGUGCAUUGGGCUGAUCCGCCGCUGUCUUGACCAGGGCGUCAACUUGGAGGCCGUGUAUGUGGAUACGGUUGGCCCCGACACAGUGUACCAAGCGAAGCUGCAAGGCAUCUUUCCCCAGCUGAAGAUCACCGUGUCUAAGAAGGCCGACUCGAAAUACGUCAUUGUCAGCGCAGCCAGUAUCUGCGCCAAGGUUGUGCGUGAUCACGUGCUGUCGGCCUGGCGCCAUCCAGAGCGAAUUGGCGCCAACACCGAAUAUGGUUGCGGUUACCCGUCAGAUCCAAAGACAAAGGCGUGGCUUCGCGCAAACAUUGACAAAGUCUUUGGCUUUCCAAGCGUCGUUCGCUUCAGCUGGCAAACAGCACAGACCCUCCUCGACAAACACGCAGCGGCGGUGACAUGGGAGGAUGAUGAUGACGAUGAGGAAGGCACGGCCAUGUCGUUCAGCAGUAACAACCGAGGAGGCGCCAACCCCACCAAGCGAUCAAAGAUGCAGCAGACGACGCUGUUUGGGGAGCUGAGCGCCACCAAGCGCAAGUUCAUGAAGAGCCACGUGUUUUACCGCCAAGCAGGUCUCUGCACAACAGAGGAGUUUGGCAAGAAUGUCUGAGGCAUGUGUGUAUGCGCAAUGUGUUUGUCGCGUGCUGUGUAUGUGCUGUGUGUGCGCGGAGCGAUGUGUGACAUGAACGUCUGUCUGUGCUUCUUGCUUGCUGCUUGCCGGUUUGCUGAAUAGCUGAUGAAGAUAAAGCGAAU